GGUGUUCUCAAGGGACGUUUUCAGGGACAACACUUAUACGCAAUUGUAAAGAAUCAUACAAGCAAUAACCGUCAAAAUGGACCCUUACUCUACCGAAGGCGAAUUGAUCAACAUCCACAACUACUUCCACCAGGGCCAGUACCAGGAAGUUGUCGACUUCGAUACCUCGUCCUUCUCCCCUGACAACGCCCUGCCCGUUCGCGUCCUAGUCCUCCGAGCUCGACUGGCUCUUGGCCAAGCUGAAGAUGUCCUCGACGAAGUGAAGGGUGAAUCCGAGCCCGAGUUCCAGGCUCUUGGUGCUCUUGCUGAGCUGAACUUGGGCAAGACCGAUUCCGCAGUCCAGACGAUCGAGAAGCUUGUGUCUUCGGCCGCCGACAACACAACGGUUCAGGUUAUUGGAGGAACAGUUCUUCAAGCUGCUGGAAAAUCUGAGGAGGCUCUUGCUCUCCUUACCCAACAUCAGGGAAGCCUCGACGCCGUCUCCCUUAUCGUUCAGAUUCACUUGCAACAAAACCGAACCGACCUCGCUCUGAAGGAAGUCUCCGCUGCUCGACGAUGGGCCCAGGAUAGUCUCUUGGUUAACUUGGCCGAGUCUUGGGUUGGACUGAGAGUGGGUGGUGAGAAGUACCAGCAGGCUUUCUACGUCUAUGAGGAGCUUGCCCAAGCUCCCUCGACUUCAUCAGUACGCAGUCUUGUCUCGCAAGCUGUCUGCGAAUUGCACCUUGGACGAACAGAAGAGGCACAGGCUGCCCUGGACCAGGCUUUGGAAAAGGAUGCCAACAACGCCGAUGCCAUUGCCAACUUGCUCGUCCUCAAUGUCAUCUCUGGCAACAAGUCCGAUGAGUUUACACAGAAACUUCAGAGCGCCAAGCCUGAUCACCAGUACCUAGCCGACUUGGAAGAGAAGAGCGCCCUGUUCGACAGAGCUGCCACGAAGUACAGCCCCAAGGUUUCAGCAUAAUUUUGAACUUGGGUGUAUGAAUUGCUAGAUUUAAUGAUGGGCACACGGUUGAUAGAAGAAUUGCAUCCCUUAGCGACGAGUAUCGAGAUCUUGUGUAUGUGUUGUGCCGUAACAGCUGGCAAAUGGCGUAUGUAGUGCCUCUAUGUUUAUAAGAAGUCGGGCAAAGGCCACAGUGAUGGAAAUAGAACAAAAAGUCUUUCUUAUUGCUAGGAUCUCGUCUCGCAAUCUGUUACUGCGAGCGUAUUCCGUGGGUUGGUUCUUAUUUGUGGCUCUGACAGUACCUAUAUAU